AUGUUUAUUCGUCGCGCGACAGACCCCGCUGGCACGGCACCUGCUCUCAUUUUACAUAAUAAUACCCGCAAGAUUAUCGGACCUAUCUACUUCGGGCAUAGCAUCAAUUGGCUUCUCCUCGGCACCUUGGCAUUUCAGCUUUAUCGAUACGAGAAAGUCAGGGAGAAGACGGACAAUAGGCUAUGGUUGCGGCUGAUGGUGUACACUAUCUUCGUCCUCGAUGUCGCCCAGACGGCAAUCGGUAGCCAAGCCCUCUGGUAUCUUGGGGUAGAUAUCUGGGGAGACGAGGAUACGCUCAUCAGCGUCAUUCCUUGGAGCGAGCCUUUCAUGCCGUUAUUCAGUGGAAUUAUUGCCUUGCUGGUCCAACUAUUCUAUGCCUGGCGCAUAUGGGUGCUGUCGCGCACGACCAUAUUCCGGGGGAUGACAUUGGUCAUCGUCAUGCUCUCGUUGAUGCAAUGCGGUGCCUCUAUCCCCACUCCCAUCAUCGUUCUCAGAGGGAAAGCGCAGAUUGCGGCUCUGGGAGGCAUUCGUACAAGCAUCGAUGUCUACCUGGCGGCCUCCUUCACGGCGGACACUCUGAUUGCUGGCUGCAUGAUCUGGCUGCUUUAUCAGGCCCGAUCUCGCACGGUCUGGGUACAGUCACAGACGCUCUACGACAGGCUGAUUGUGAACUCUGUCCAAACGGGAUUGAUUACCGCUGUGACAGCUGGGGUCGCUCUCGCCCUGUGGAAGGGUUACCCACAAGACAACUUCUAUCUAUGCCCUGGAUACAUCCUGGGGAAGUUGUACUCGAAUAGCUUGUAUUCGACCCUCAACGGACGCGCGUUCUACAGAGGGAACUCUACCGAUUCUCGUAGUGACUCGCAAUCUGGGUCUGCGCGAUCUACUUUGCCAUGGGCAGGGCGCCGGCAACAAAUGACAACUGACACGGAUGGCGGCCUGGAGGUUCGAGUUUUCCGCGAACGCGAGCGUCACUCGGACGAGCUCGAAGACGGCCUCAAGAGAUCGGGACAAGCUAAGGGCCCAAUCCGAGUCGGCCAAGCAGUUGGAUGGAAGUCAGCCGUCUCCGUCGGCGAAGAGAGCGGUAACGAGCACGUCGUCCAGUUCUCUGAACUCUCGACGAACCCAGCGGACACAGACCGCGACAGUGUCAAGGUGUAA